AUGACAAGAACAAAUUCUGGGGAGGAUGCCAGAUUGAUAAGCAGAAGCAAGACGCCUGAAGAACAACAGUUUGAGAUAAUCGAUUAUGAUUCCACCAACAACAGCCAAAGGCAAAAAAAAGUGUCCUCUACUACACCAUUUUCCAGGGCCUUGAAACUUCUUAGACUUGAACAUUCGACAGCAGAUGCUAUGCCAGUAGAAAGUGCCAGACGAACUUGGGACAAAACAAGUUUUGUAUUUUUUUGGAUCACUGAUAGUUUCAAUAUCAACACCAUCCAGCUAGCAAGUACCGGGCUUUUGAAUCACACGUUGUCAACUAAAGAAGUGAUUCUUUCUAUAUUACUUGGAUAUUCCAUAGUUGGGGUUUUCAUUCAUAUUUCAGCCAGAAUCGGUACUUAUAAUCACAUUUCUUUCCCAAUAUUAUGUAAAGUAUCGUUCGGAUUGAAUGGGGCAAUAUGGCCUGUAUUGAAUAGAGCAGUUGUUGGUGGGGUUUGGUAUGCCGUUCAGUGCUGGAUUGGUGGACAGUGUGUCCAAUUGAUUUUGAAAUCGAUGUUCUAUGAGUACAUCAAUGAUGACGAAGGCAAUAAUCAUGGCAAUUGGUCAGAUCAUUUUAGUUUUGAAAUGAUUUCAUUUGGGAUAUUUUGGAUAGUAUCGUUUUUUGCAAUUUUGAUCCCGCCUCACAAAUUAAAGCCAUUACUUACGCUAAAGGCAUACGUUGUCCCAUUUGCCGCACUUGGAUUAUUAGGAUGGACAUUAUUCAAGGCCAAAAUUUCUGAUCCUGUCGAACCGGAUUAUCAUACAUCAAUCCACGAGAGUAAAGACCAUCUCAAAUUUUGGACAUUUGUCACUUCGACCAUGAACAGUGUGGCGAAUUUUUCCAGUUUGAUUCUCAAUGCUUCUGACUUCUCGAGAUUUGCCAAUUCUCCAAAAUCCAUAGAGUAUACCAACAUCAUUUGUGUACCGGUCUGUUUCACAUUGACUUCCUUGAUUGGUAUUCUCAUCAGUUCAGCAUCUCGCAAGAUUUACGGGGUGGCCUAUUGGUCUCCUUUGGAUGUCCUUGAUAGAUUCUUGAAAGAUGUGGACAAUGAUGAAACUGAAGGGAUUAUUACAUUAUCCACCAGAAUUGGGGUCCUCUUGAUUGCAAUCUCAUUUAUUAUUGCUCAAGUGGGGACAAAUACUGCCAACAGUUUGGGUGCUGCCACCGGCUUGUCUUGUUUAUUACCAAAUUAUAUUACUAUUAGGAGAGGUGGUAUCAUUUGUGCGAUGUUUUCAUUGAUUAUUCAACCUUGGAGAUUCUUUGAAAGUUCUAAUAAGUUUACAGUUUACUUGAGCGCCUAUAGUGUGUUUUUGAGCGGAAUUGCUGGAGUCAUGAUUACCGACUAUUAUAUUGUUAGAAGGGGUUACCUCAAUUUGAUUGAAUUGUAUAAACUUAAUGGGAUUUAUAGUUAUGACCAAAAGCUUAAAGUCAAUUGGAGAGCGUAUGUUGCUUAUAUAGUUGCCAUAGUGCCCAAUUUGCCGGGUUUUGUGAAUGCUUGUGGUGGAUUUGGCGAAGAGAAAUCUAUGAUAAUGGAAACUAUUAUUUUGAUUUACGAAUUUAGUUUUUUUGUUGGAUUCGGAACUGCGAUGAUUGUGUAUUUGAUGUUGUGCCAUUGGUGGCCUGUGGAAGGAAUUGUGAGGGAUACUUCUUUUUUGAAUUUGAAGGCUAAUUGGUUAGAAGAAUGGAAAUAUGUUGAGGAUUUUGAUAGCUUGAUUUUGGAUAUGGAAGAAGAUAGCUCAUUUAAUAAUGUCUAUGAUUGA